UGCUCCACAGUGACCUCACGGCGCCAUAUUAAAAUGCUUCCUCCUCUCUGCCGAUGACAUCGUAGAUCAGCAGCAGCAGCUUCACGUCCAAUAACUCUACAAGAGGGCGACGACGGGAUGGAAAUUGAUUCGCUUCAAGACGCACUCAGAGAUUUUGACAAGAAAGCAAAGGAGGAGUCUCCUCUCCUGGAGCAGUUCUUAUGUCAUAUUGCCAAGACUGGAGAGACCAUGGUUCAGUGGUCUCAAUUCAAAAGCUACUUCCUGUUUAAACUGGAGAAUGUGAUGGAUGACUUUAGAGCCUCAGCACCUGAACAAAGAGCUGCUGCAAAUUCCAAUGUUGAGUCCAUUCCAUAUGAAGAUAUGAAGGAGAGAAUCCUGAAGAUCGUGAAGGGAUACAAUGGAAUUCCAUUCACAAUCCAACGCUUGUGUGAGUUACUCACAGAACCGAAGAGGAACUACACAGGAACAGACAAGUUUCUCCGGGGGGUUGAGAAGAAUGUAAUGGUGGUAAGCUGUAUUCACCCAACCUUAGAAAAAAAUGGAUGCAGUGCGGUGAAUAGAAUGAAUGGAGUGAUGCUUCCAGGGAACACAUCUGCUUUCACAGAGAGAAAAGUGAACGGUCCUGGAACUCCCCGGCCACAGAAUCGACCAAAGUUGUCUCUUGCCCACUCUAUAGCAGCUAAUGGCUUGCCAGACAGCACAGACAACAAAGAUCUCAACACAGAUCAUGGAGGUGAUAAAAACUUGAGUGAAAUGUUUGAAGCUGGAGGUUCUCUGGGGAACUCGGUCAAAAACAAGCACCCAGUCACAGAAGAUGACAUGGAAGCAGAUCAGCAGAAGGUGAAAAGACUUAAAUUUAGCGAAGAGGAUGAUGAGGAUGAUGACGAGGAAGAGGAAGAGCAGAAGGUGGAUACACUGAGGCCUUUGCAUGAUGACUCUCUUUCAAAAGAGGCAGAAUCCAUGGUCCAAGAACACAAGGAAGAAGAAAAGAUUAGAUACAUCAACGAUAAAGCCUCGAGCAGUGCUGCUGCAACUGAAGACCAGGAACCAUCAAGCAGCACACAGACUGAGGUGUCUGAAGGCUCAGGUCAGGAUGCUGAGCAGGCUGAAAGGGAGGUGCCAUGUGGAGCCCAGGAGGACAGCAGUGACAUGGAUCAGACAGAACAGCAGGCGCCUGCAGAUGUUCUUGAGAGCUCUGUCAUUUGCAGGGAUAAUGAAAGCAACAGUGACCCAGUCAGCAGUAGUAGCUUUAUCAUAGAGAAGAGUGCAGAAGCAGCCAGAGAAGAUGUAGCCCACUCUCCGUCUAGCACUACAACUGAACCUUCCAGUAGCCCAAUGGAAAGUGCCAGCUCUAACACUGGGACCAGUGAGGAGCCCAUGGAGCAGGACUAAAAUGAAGGCCUCCUUCCAGCCAUGUGUGACCAUGAAACAGCUUGUUCUUGUAUCCAGCUAACCUGUCACUGGGGAAAGAGGAUAAGUUCUCCUUGAACACAAGACAAACCACUCUUGCUUUUUUGGACACUCUCAAAACAGCUACCAGGCAAUGAUGUGGACAUACAAGUACAUUUUUGUUUCAAGGAUCUUUUUUUUUUUUUUUUAUUGAGUAUUUUAUUAAUAUUCUUAUUCUCUGUUUUUAGUUGGUCCCAAAAGGGGUUUGUUUAGCUGCCCUGAGUUCCUGACCAGAAAAGUUCUUCAUUUUUGUUCAAUGAAAUUGUUCAGAUGCCAGGGUAGACUUGCUCUUUUCUAAUACCAGUAACUCCUCCUCACUUUAGACAAUGGGACAAGGUUGUCUAUGUUUUGUAUCAUAAAGCCUAGUGUACCAUACUUGCAGGGUCAGAACAAAGCCAUACCAGCCACUCAUUGUAUAUGAAAUGUAAAAGAUAUCAGCGGUCUUAGGAACAUUUUAAAUUUGCUUUUGUCAAGCAGUGACCUGAUAACAUCCCUCAACUAAGUUGUUAUUUAAAAGUUUGAACCGGCUUUGGAUUACAUACGUUUUCCACAUUAUCCUUAGUAAUUUAUCAUUGCAAAAAUAUGGAUAACACUUUUUUAUCACCCUGAACAAUUUAUAAACAUUGAUAUAUUUUGGAUGCAUUAAAUUAUCUGCUAUAUGUGAUCAUUUCAGUUCAAUUGGUUAUUUUUUUUAGUAAGUUUUUGUUUUUUGUGCCAGUUAAGGUUUCAACUUGCAAGUACAAAGAUGACUUCUGCUUUAUUUGUAUUGUGAUGUCACCAGGUUGUCUCAUUGACCGAUAUCCAGAGCAGUUUCUGGUUCCAAUUUUACACCUGUUUCUGCAGCUGUACUUUUUGAUAUUUAGAAUGAUAAAUUUCUGUAAAGUAGAUUUUUGUAGAUUGUAAUACAGUAUGUGUUCACUGCCUUUGUGAAACUAUAUAUGAUUGUAUAAUUUCUGUGUAUUCUCCGAAUGCUUCGCCUUUCAGUGCAGUAUUCAGAAACGGCAAUAAAUGUUAACAUUUUUA